CUGGGACGUACUAUGAGCCCGGCGAAGUUGGAAAGCAGUGACAGCAGUGUCGAAAGCCCAUUCCCUAUCGUUCCUCCGUGACCUGCAGCGAGGGAAAUCGUAUGGUUCAGACCUGGGUGCGGAGGAUACGGCGCGGUGACGUGGAAACACGAAAACUCCCCAGAGCCAUAGUCGCCGCGAGGCGGCCUGGGAAAGUCGGCGUCGCAGUGGCGGGAACCGCAGCCCUGAGGCCCUGGAACCUCCCAGGGCUCACUGAUCACCCAGACCUGCUCACCUGUGCAGCCGAACAAAGGACCUGGAAGGAGAGGAGACAGCAGCUAAGGAUGCAGGUUUCUGCAUUCACUCCAGGUUGUGUACUCACAUCUGAAAAUUUGGAGCUAGGAAUAUCCUAUGAGAGAGAACAUGCAUUGUCUGUGUUUCUGGGUCUGUUACCUGCAAAGGUCAUCAUUUUAAAUUUCUUCACAGCUGAAUCAUAUUCCAUAGUGUAUAUUACCAUACUUUCACUAUCCAUUUGCCAGUGGAAGGACACUUAUGUUGUUUACAUUUUGUAGUUAUUGUGAGUAGAGCAGCAAUGAACAUGGCUGAGCACAUAUUUGUGGAGUAGGAUAUCGAGUCCUUUGAGCAUACACCAAGGAAUGAAACUGGGUCAUGUGCUGAAUUUAUUUAUCUUGAGGGUUUGUUUAUUUAAAUGAGGAUUCUCUGUUUUGAUUUUUAAGUGUGGCUUGUUUUUGUUGUUGUUGUUGUUAUUGUUGUUCAUGGCAUUUUUAUUUACUACGGCUUUGUUUUUAUGCUAUUGCAAGUUGGAUUACUGGCAGGUAGUAUUUUUCUUCCUUCUUUUUGAAAAGUAGUGGUGUGCUGUCUUGCUCAUUGAUUUUUUCCAGUUCUUCUAUAUCUAUUUAUUCUUAACAUGAAAUUUUUAUUUCCCUUUUUUUCAUGGAUAAUUCUGCUGAAUCUCCUGUGUGUGUGUGUGUGUUUUGCCUCUAAUUUAUUAUCUACAGUGCCCCUUUAAUAAAAUUAAUUGUGUUGAUUAGUGAGUGUCUUAAAAUGCACUUAUGUCUCCAUCAACUUUAAGAGAGUGGUUUUCUUUGUGCAGGAAGAUGCUUGGUGGUGAUUUUUUUUUCAAGCUUCAAACUUCAAAUGUCUUUUCAUGCUCUCCUGUCUUUCGGAUCACUGACCUGACAUCUGGUAGAAUUCUGUUGCUUUCACAUUUUCAUAUGUUUUGACAUUGUUCUUUAACAGCUUUUAGUAUUAAUUUUAUCUCUUCCUUUUUGACUCCUUGACUUGAAAGGGAAACAAGCCCUCUAUUCAUUGUUUCUGAAAGAGAAACUCAAGGAAGAGGAACAAUAAGAAUGGCUGAUUCUCCAGUAAACAUGUCACAGGGUCUGUUGACAUUCGGGGAUGUAGCUGUGGACUUCCCCCAGGAGGAGUGGGAGUACCUGGACUCUGCCCAGAGAGCUUUGUAUAUUGAUGUAAUGUUGGAAAAUUAUAACAACCUGGUCUCUGUGGAGAACUAUUGCAAAUGUGAUCCUGCUCGUCAACAUACGAAUACAGAAAAGAAGUCAUGUCAGUCUAAUGAGCUUAGCAAAGUCCUUCAUGACCCCUCCACAUGUGCACUUAAAAAUUCAAGUGAAACUACACAAAACUCUAAUAACUGCAGAUGCAGUAAUCACAGAGAUGCCUCUAUUGACUCAUCAAACCUAGAUAGACAUGAAAGCAUGGCCACUGGAGAAGAACCCAGCAAAUCUAGAGACUGUGAGAAAUCUUUAAAUACUUGUUCCAGCAUUACUCAAGAUCAGAGACUCUACACUGCAAAGAAAGACAACAGGCAGGAAGAAUAUGAUGAUCAUUUCAGCUCUGCCUACAGUCUUUUGCAACAGCCAAUCUACAUCGGAGAGACACCCCACCAAUGUGCAAAAUGCAGGAAAUGCUUCAGCACUGCCUCAUGCCUCACAGUACAUGAGAGAAUUCAUACUGGAAUUAAACCCUACAAGUGCAAUGUUUGUGAAAAGUCCUUCACCCAGUGGUCAAGUCUUAAAACACAUCAAAGACUACAUACUGGGGAGAAACCUUACAAAUGCAAAGAAUGUGGAAAGUCAUUUCCUCAAUUAUCAGCAUUUAAUAGCCAUCAGAAAAGGCAUACUGGAGAGAAACCUUACAAGUGCAAGGAAUGUGACAAAUCCUUUGCCCACUAUUCCAAUUUCAGGAGACAUCAGAAAAUGCAUACUGCUGGGAGACACUAUAGUUGUCAAGAAUGUGGCAAAGUCUUUCAUCAGUUUUCACAUUUUAAAAGCCAUUACAGACUCCACACUGGAGAGAAGCUUUACAAAUGCAAUGACUGCGACAGAUCCUUUCCCCACUAUUCAUCACUGAGUAGGCAUAGGAAAACGCAUUCUCUAGAGAAGUUUCACAAAUGCAAAGACUGUGGUAAGUCCUUUUUCGAAUUAUCACACCUUAAAAGGCAUUACAGAAUCCAUGCUGGUGAAAGGCCUUACAAAUGUGAGGUAUGCGACAAGUCCUUUACUUUGAACUCAACUCUUAGAACACAUCAGAAAAUUCAUACUGGGGAGAAACCUUACAAAUGCAUGGAAUGUGACAAGUCCUUUACCAAACAUUCAGAUCUUAGAAGACAUCAGAGUGUUCACACUGGAGAGAAACUUUACAGAUGUAAGGAAUGUGAUAAGUCUUAUACUAGCUGCUCAUAUCUUAGAGCACAUCAGAAAAUUCAUACUGGAGAGAAACUUCACCAAUGCAAAGACUGUGGCAUAUCCUAUAUCCAUAUUGCAAGUCUUAGAAGACAUCAGAGAGUUCAUACUGGAGAAAGACCUUACACUUGUAAGGAAUGUGACAAGUCUUUUACCAGUUACUCAAAUCUUAGAAGACAUCAGAGUGUUCACACUGGGGAGAAACCAUACAAAUGUCUGGAAUGUGAGAAAUCCUUUACCCAGGACUCACAUCUUAGAACACAUCACAGAGUUCACACUGGAGAGAGACCUUACAGAUGUAAGGAAUGUGAUAAAUCUUUUUCUCACUCUUCUGGUUUAAGGAGACAUCAGAAAAUCCAUAAUGGAGAAAAACCACACAAAUCCAAAGACUGACAUAUUCUUUAAACAGAAUUUAAAUCUUAGGAGACAUUAGAAAAUUCAUACUGGAAAUUCAUACUGGAGAAAAACACACCAUUGUAAAUAAUGUGACCUAACAUUUUCUGGUAUUUUUACUUAAAAAUCACAACAGAAUAAAAAUUAGAAACAUGAAGAUAAGAAAAUUGUGAAAGUCUUUUUUCUUAUUUUUAGUCUUAUACUACGGAAAUUUGGAAGUUUAUUUUCUAUAAUGUACCUUUUUCAUAAUAAUAUCUUUCAUCUUCAUAGAAUAUGUACCACAUGAUCCCAUUCCAUUUAAAUGUAGACAGUGUUAGUAUAAAGUUAGCAUCAAUCAUUUUUUCAUAAUAAAAUAAUUCUUUAACCUGGCAUGGUGGUAUAUACAGGUACAUAAUCGUCGCCUUUGGAAGGUAGAAGCAGGAGGAUCAGGAGUUCAAGGACAGCCUUAGCUAUGUAGUAAGUUCUCAGCCAGCCUGAACUGUAUGACAUACUUUUUCAAGAAGAUGAUUUUUUGACAGUUUUAUCUAUCUGCCUGACUGCCUGCCAGUAUCUGUCUGUCUGUCUGUAUUGUGAUUAUAUGCACCAAGAAUUAUUCUCUUAUUUCCCUUCUUCUCCCCUUGAAUGGCAUUUUUUUGACUUUUACUGAUUCUUUUUUUUAUAAUAUAAAAUAAAUAUUUUUAUUGUUUUUAUUGAGCUUUAUAUUUUUCUCCACUCCCUUCCCUACUUCUCCCUCUCAUUCUACCAUCUCCUGUGAUCCCCAUGCUCCCAAUUUACUAAGGAGAUCUUUUCUUUUUCUACUUCACAUGUACAUUAGAUCCAUAUAUGUCUCUUUUAGGGUUCUCUUUAUUGUAUAGUUUCUCUAUGGUUGUGAUAUGAUAUAAGGCUGCUUUUUUUUGAUGUAUGUCUAAAAGCUACUUAUGAGUGAAUACAUAUUAUAUUUGUCUUUCUGGAUCUUGGUUACCUCAUCCAAUAUGGGGUUUUCUAGAUCCAUCCAUUUGCUUGCAAAUUUCAAGAUGUCAUUUUUUUCUGCGUAUAGUACUCCAUUUUGUAAAGGUACCACAUUUCCUUUAUCCAUUCUUUGGUCAAGGGGGCAUUUCAGUUGUUCCCAGUUUCUGGCUAUUACAAAUAAUGCUGCUAUGAACAUAACUGAGCACAUGUCCUUGUGGUAUGAUUGAGCAUCCUUUGGCUCAGACCUGCUCCCUCUGAGGUCGCUUACUUUUACCCUGUGAAUGUUUUUAAUGAAGGCUUAAGUAUUAAAAAAUAUCCUUGAGUUUAUGUUAAAAUAAAAUUCUUCAAAUGUAGCAGUGGGAAAAGCUUCUCUUUUUCUUUUAAUGUGUAUGAAUGCUUUGCCUGAAAGUAUAUCUGCACUAAACAUAUGCCUGGUGAAGACAGAGGAGUCAUUAGAGCCCCUGAAGCUGGAGUUACAAAUCAUUGUGAACUGUUGUGCAUGUGUUGGGAAUUGAACACUUGUCCUCUGAAAGACUGACCACUGCUCUUACACACUAAGCCAUGUUUUGAGCCCUGGUUAAAAAAUAUGUGUGUGUGUUUAUAUACAUUUAUAUUCCGUAUCCAAAAAUUUAUAAUAAUGCCAGGCAUGCUGGUAUAGGUAUACUCCUUUAUUCCCAUCGCUCAGGAUGCAGAGGCAAAAAGAUCUCUGUGAGUAGGAGGACAUCAUCAUCUACAUACUAAGUUCCAGGACAGCCAGGAGUACAUAAACUCUUUGUCAAAAACAAAAAUAGCGAUGCCCAUCAAAAUCCCAGCAAAAUUCUUCACAGACCUCAAAAGAGCAGCACUCAACUUCAUAUGGAAAAACAAAAAAUGCAGGAUAGCUAAAACAAUCUUGUACAAUGAAGGAACUUCUGGAGGCAUCACAGUCCCCGACUUCAAACUCUACUACAGAGCUACAAUACUGAAAACAGCCUGGUAUUGGCAUAAAAACAGACAGGAGGACCAAUGGAACUGAAUUGAAGACCCGGAUAUCAAUCAACACACCUAUGAACACCUGAUUUUUUUUGAAAGAAGCAGAAAAUAUAAAAUGGAAAAAAAGAAAGCAUCUUCAACAAAUGGUGCUGACAUAACUGGAUAUCAACAUGUACAAGAACGAAAAUGGAUCCAUAUCUAUCCCUAUGCACAAAACUCAAGUCCAAAUGGAUUAAAGACCACAACAUAAAACCAAUCACACUGAACAUCAUAGAAUAGAAAGUGGAAAGUAUACUUGAAUGUGUUAGCACAGGAGACCACUUCCUAAAUAUAACCACAGUAGCACAGACACUGAGAGAAACGAUCAAUAAAUGGAACCUCCUGAAACAAAGACGCUUUGGUAAAGCAAAGGACAUGGUCAACAAAACAAAACAGUAGCCUACAGAAUGGGAAAAGAUCUUUAUAAACCCCACAUUGGACAGAGGACUGAUCUCCAAAAUAUACAAACACUCAAGAAACUAGUCAUCAAAAGAACAAAUAAUCCAAUUUUUAAAAAUGCGGUACAGACUUGAACAUAGAACUCUCAACAGAGGAAUCUAAAAUGGUUGAAAGACACUUAAGGAAAUGUUCAACAUCCUUAGCCAUCAGAGAAAUGCAAAUCAAAACAACUCUGAGAUUCCAUUCUACACCUGUAAGAAUGGCCAAGAUAAAAAACACUGAUGACAGCAUAUGCUGAAGAUGUGGGGUAAAGGGAGCACUCCUCCAUAUACCCAAUCCCCUUUGGAUUUCAGUAUGGCAAUUUCUCAGAAAAUUAGGAAACAACCCACCUCAAGACCCAGCAAUAUGCUCAAUCAUACCACAAAGAUAUGUGCUCAACUAUGUUUAUAGCAGCAUUGUUAGUCACAUUUGUCACAGCCAGAACCUGGAAACAACCUAAAUGCCCCUCAACUAGCAAAAUGUGGUACCUUUACACAAUGGAGUACUACACAGCAAAAAAAAAAAAAAAAGACAUCUUGAAAUUUGCAGGCAAAUGGAUAGAUCUAGAAAACAUCAUAUUGAGGUGACCCAAACCAAGCAAGACAAAUAUCAUAUGUACUCACUCAUAAGUGACUUUUAGACGUGAAGCAAAAAAAAAAGAGAGAGAGAGAGAGAGAAAAGAAAUUCACAAUCCCAGACAACCUAGACAACAAAGAGGACCCUAAGAGAGGCAUAUAUGGAUCUAAUGUACAUAGAAAGCAGAAAAUGCCAAAAUCUUA